AAAAGAACACUUGUAUGUAUUACUAGUUUUCCUGCAUUUAUCUAUUUCAUCCUUUUCACCAUAUGAAGUCAAUGGACUCGAUAAAUAGAUUGUAAAAGGCGAGAACAUUUCUUUGGACACUCAGGAUUUUCUUUAGAAGAUCAUUCAGGUUAUAUUAUUUUCUCUAUUAAUGUUGGUAGAAUACUUGAGUUCAUGUUCGAGUUCAAAUUAAUAAUCUCUCAAUUUCGUGAGCUGGUCUGGUGAGUCAAGUUAAUUAUAUCCCUAAUUAACCGGAGGUGGAUAAAUGACAAUAAUUUAUACUGGCGUAUCACUGUCAGAUAGCUGAUAGUUGCUUAGAUACGAAAUGUAAUUACUUGUUAUUGACUAUUAAUUUAGUCAUUUUCCGGUAAAGCCCAAUUGAUUGAUAAUCUGAUUCUGUACCCUGAACUGGUACAACUGUAACUGCUGUUGGUUUGUGUGAUCUGCUCAUUAGAAGUAGCAUUCGCUGCUUGUGGUAAUUAUGGUUUUAUUCUGAAGAAACUUGAUUAGUGUAGUAAUUCACACUAAGUUCACAUGUCAGUGUAAUUAUUCUGGACCAGAUGCUUGAUUGGAGGGAUUAGCAGUGGCUGUAUCCAUGCUUUGCAGUUUGUGUAGCGCCAUAUAAGGCUGCGGGGGUUAUAAUUGUUUUAUCUCACACAAGAGAAAUAUUUUAUGAAGGUCUAUUUACUUUUGCUUCAAGAAUGGGAGUUGAGAAAGAAGGAACAAAAAGUGGAGGAGGGCAAGUUGGCGGGUUUUUCCAGUUGUUUGACUGGACCUCAAAAUCUCGGAAGAAAUUGUUUGCUUCUAAGUCAGAUGUGCCAGCAUUUGAAGAAUCUUUGAAGCAGGCGAAAAAUGUUGAUGACAGCUUGGCAAUGACUUGGCCCUAUGUGGGGGUGAAUGAAGAUGAAAUUGGAGCUGGGGCAAGUGUUAGAGGAAGUGAUCAUAGUUGUGCUUCAUCAGUUACAGAUGAUGAAGCAUGUGGAACAAGGGUGCCAGGCGUGGUUGCUCGGCUUAUGGGAUUAGAUUCUCUGCCCCCUCCUAGUUUUCCCGAGCCCUCUUCUUCUCCAUAUUUUGAUACCCGAUCUCUUCAAGAUGCUCCAUAUUGUAGGAAAAACCUGACCUAUCAGCAUGAUCAGGCCAUUUAUUCUGGAAAUUUGUUUGAAAAAGUUGAGGGCUCUUCUAGGAACUUCAUGGAGCCAAAGCCCCAAAAGAUCCUUAGCAGGCCAAUUGAGAAGUUCCGAACUGAAGUAUUGCCACCUAAGUCAGCUAAAUCAAUUCCUGUCACACGCCAUAAGCUUUUGUCUCCUAUCAAGAGUCCUGGCUUUGUUCCAGGCAACAAUCCUGCUUAUAUAAUGGAAGCUGUUGCAAGGAUUGUUGAACCUGGGCCCCAAGCUACUGCAAAGCAUAAAACUCCAUCCAUGGCUUCAUCUUCUCUAUCAUUGAAGGUUCGAAGUCUUAAAGAAAAAGACCAGCCUUCAAAAAAAACACCUCUUUCUGGUUUGUCUACCAUAACAUCUAGAGCCAGAGAUUUGAAAGAACACAGAGAGGUUUCUCAAAGAAAAAUUAGGCUUUCUGAACCUUCUCAAAAGAAUUGGAAUGGCAGUAGAGGUUUGACGGGCCAGAAAGAACAUCAUGAGCCAAAACCCAACCCACCAUUGAAGACUAAUGCUCAAAAGAGUAUGCAGAAAAAAUCUUCUGUGCAAGGUACUACUGGUGUUCUCCGGAAAAACAAUGAAAAACAGAAUUGUUCAGUUGAUAAGGGCAAGUUACCAUCAAAGCCUUUGGCUUCCAGUGAUAGGAAAGUUCUGUCAGGGAACUCCUCCUAUGGGCGUCAAAGAAGUUCUAGUAGUAGAUCUACUGGGAAAUCCAAAAGUAGUACCAGGAAGUCAAGGUUGGGGGCAGUUGAUUGUGAAAAUGAAGUUUUAUAUGCCAGUACAAACAAUUUCCCUAGAAAGAAAAGAUCAACAGACAAGGACUGGAAUGAUCAGGCUGUUGAUAUUUUGUUCAUUGACAAAACAAAGAAGCCUAUUGAGUGUAAUCUAGAAGGUAAGGACAGUUUUAGUUGGGUAGGAGAUGUCAAAAGGAAAGACAUGGAUGUAGUUUCGUUUACGUUCACCACACCAUUGACAAGAAAUAACAAUGGCUUUGAUGCAUCUGGCCAAGUUCGUCAGAAGGGUAAUGAUUGUUCCUUGGAUCACCACACUAAACAAGAAUUGGUUGAGCCAGAGAAAGCAACAACUCCAGUAGGAUGCAAUGUAAUAUCUGGUGAUGCCUUGAGUAUUCUUUUAGAACAGAAACUGAGGGAAUUUAUGUAUGGAGUCGAUCCUUCAUGUAAUAGCUCUGAUAAAGCCAGGACAUCUUCUAGUAUUGCAUCAAACUCAGUAGAUCCGACAUCUUCCCCUAGUUUAGUUAACCACCUCCAGAGGUUGCAACAAAAGGACCAAGACGUGCUAUCUACAGAUGCAUUAUGCACCAGGCACUAUUCUGAUAUCUCCCCCACUAGUCUCCCUGAAUUAACAUCAAAAUACAAGUCAUUGGUUGCUGAUGGGAUGAAGGAGUUUGGGUUCAAUCAGAUGAAAUCACAGCUAUUGAACUGUCGACACUCGAGCCCAAUAGCUGUCCUUGAACCUUCUUGCUCAACUGAAAGUUGUGAAUCUCUAGUCAGCACAAAUGCUGCUAAUAGCACAGGAGAAAGCAAGUUGUGCUCUUUUGUGCAAGAUCAGGAAGUCUUUGGCCUGAACACUUCGCGUAAAUCUUAUCAUGCGGAAGCUGAUACUGAGCUAUCAGAUUCAGCUUCUUCAACAUCGACUGGAAGAUCAAGUACAUGGGAACUGGACUAUGUGAAAGAAAUAUUGUGUUUGUGUAAUGUGGAACUGAUGUUUAUGGACUUUGUCCUUGGUCAAGCACGAGAGAUUGUGCGCCCCCAUCUAUUCAGUCAGCUGGAAAGUAUGAAAGAAGGGUUUGAGAAUGUUGGUAGUGAGUCUAGGUCCUCUAGGAUACACAGGAAAGUUAUAUUUGAUUGUGUGAGUGAAUGCAUGGACAUAAGAUGUAGGCGUUAUGCAAGGGGGGGUUACAAAAUGUGGGCCAAAGGGGUUAUGAUGGUGAGAAAGAAUGAACGGUUGGCAGAUGAAGUGUACGAGGAGAUUUGUAGGUGGGGAGCCAUGGGGGAUUCUAUGGUCGACGAACUUGUGGAUAAGGACAUGAGCGGCCAACAUGGAGGAUGGCUAGAUUUUAAUGUUGAUGCUACUGAACUAGGAGCAGAGGUUGAGGAUCAAAUGCUUGAUUCUUUGGUCAAUGAUUUUGUUGCUGAAAUCUGGCAGUAUCAACAGCCAAAUGCUGCUACAAUGGUGGGCUGAGGGGUUUCGAUUGUGAGAAAGGAUGAAUAAUUGCCAUAUGAAGCGUCCAAGGAGAUUUCUUGUUGGCUCAACGCCGGAUGACUCGCGGAUGAUGAACAUGAGUAGCCAAGUCAUUUAUAUCUGUUGCUUAACCACUCUUCACUCUCUCUCUCUCUCUCUCUCUAUAUAGAUAUAUAUAUUCCUUCUUGAAUCUAAUUUACAUAAGAGCUAACAAUACAUGUUGGUCAAAUACUGAUUAGUAAUUGUUGCAUAAAAAAAAUUAAUUGCUGCAUGCUGAAUGUUGUAUUCAAUAAUCAUUUAGUAGUUCUUUCA